AUGGUGUUUAUUAUUAAUAUGUCCAUACUGGGUGGUAUUGCUUUGGUCAAGUAUACUAUUCAAGUUGCGCUCCAGUACGAGUUUAAUAGCCGAGAGAUUCCUAGCAACUAUCCAACCGGCUACGUCCCCUUCGGAACAACUACACCAGACCAGCCUCCCACCAUUUACUAUGGUACCGAGGUCUUUAAGGUCAACGAGGCGUUACGUAACUGCGCUUUCCAGUUCGCCCUCAACGUAAACCUGUAUAACAACCUCGAAGCCACCGCAUACCGGGCAAAGUACAAGACUGGGAGUAACGUCGAGCUUACUGCCAUCUAUCCUCCUUCUAUCGUUAGGUGUAACACUACUACGAACGACAACAUCACCACCAGCUGGACAAACGGUAGCGGAGUCUACUAUAAAACAGCGCAAGGAGAUAACGCCACUCUAGAAGUCCUUCUGCGUAUGGCCAUGGCUGGCCUGGUUGAUUUUAGGCGUAUUAUUAUAAAGAUCUCCGACUUUGAUCGGCCUCCUCCGGGUAUUACCGCAUAUAACCACCUGUUUGCCGUCGACCAGAACGGGUUCCCGCUUAUAAUCCGGAACCUUUUUGCUAUCGUUAUCGAGAUCGUUAACGGGAUCGUUGGCCAGUGGAACGACACAUUCGCUUUCGGCAUCAACGCAACCAACUAUAUCGGCGACAUCUUUGGCAGUCUCGGUGGCACUCCCGACUUUGGUCCUGGGGAUAAUAUGGGCACCACAACGUCGGCGCGAAGGGCGUCGCAGAAAGUCAACCGCUUCCGCAAGGUUUUGUAAGGUGGCAUCCCGAGCUGUACUGGUUGGUGGAGGCUAUUGCCGUUAUGGGUUUGGGGUGGAGCGACUAUCGGUCAUAGUAAGUAGAAGUAAUAAGGAAGAUAUAUAGACGGCGGACCGUGAGGAUCUUAUCAUCUUAUCGUCUUUCG